GCAGCACACAUACACGCAUAAACACGCUCAAUUGGUGCCCUCCUUGUGCAGGAAAAAUCAAACUCAAUGCCGAUAUAAGCGGGGUUGGGAAGGAACCCAAACACACCCCCCGCCAAUCAGUCUUCUCUGUAAGGAAUUAGCGAAAAAUAUACCGUGUAUUCCUAAUAUAACCAUGUAUGCUAUAUAUAACCAUUAUGCCAUACAUACCUACCGUGUAUUCUCACACAAAAUUCCACCCCUCCUCUCUCUCUCCAUGAAAAUCUCUCGCUUCGGGAAGUCGUUCAUCCGUAAGGUGAAGAAGUGCUUCACUGGUUGUUACAAGCCAGUGAAUGGCGGUGAUGGUGUAAAGUCAGUGAAUGGCGGUGAUGUUGUAAAGUCAGUGAACGACUGUAAUACGUAUUACAGUGACAUGACUGCCGAGCAGAGGAAUAAGAUGCUAACCGCGGCCAUUCGCUACUGCGACUGCAACUGCAAGGAAGCAAACAUUGAUGAAGUGGAAGCAGCACCAGAAGACGAAGCACAGAAGGUUGAAGAGUUUAACGCCAUGGAAAGGACAGACUUUCAAUUAUCUGGGCAGAUUAUGACAACUUUCAUGCCUCCACCGCCAGCGGCAACCUGCUUGGCGUUUGAUCCACAUGACAACAAUUUCUGUGCCGUAGGAAUGGAGGAUUCUACUAUUCAAACAUACAGUGUUCGGGUUGAUGAGGUAAAAGCCAAGCUCAAGGGUCACCAGAAACAAAUCACGGGGCUUGCAUUUUCCCAGACUUUGGAUAUAUUGGUAUCAGCUGGGGCUGAUGCUCAGCUAUGCAUCUGGGACACUGAAGGAUGGGAAAAGAAGAAAGCAAGGCCCAUACAAGCACCACCUGGCCACCCUUCUCCCCUGGUUGGAGAAACUAAAGUUCAAUUCCAUAAUGAUCAAACCCAUCUAUUAGUGGUCCAUGAAAGCCAAAUUGCUGUUUAUGAUAGCCAGCUCGGAUGCUUGCAGUCAGUUGUCCAACUACUCUACACUAAUUCUGGGGUAGCUCUGCUGGCACUUGCCUCUGAUACCAUGCAUAAGCUCUGGAAAUGGCAGCGUACUGAACAUAAUCCAUCUGGGAAAUCUUCUGCAUCUAUUAAGCCAGAGUUGUGGCAGCCUGCAACUAAAAAUGAUUCUUAUCUCUUAUCUGCCUCUGGUGGGAAGGUCUCUUUGUUCAACAUGAUAACAUUUAAGAUUAUGACAACUUUCAUGCCUCCACCUCCAGCAGCAACCUGCUUGGCGUUUGAUCCACAUGACAACAAUUUCUGUGCCGUAGGAAUGGAGGAUUCUACUACUCAAAUAUACAGUGUUCGGGUUGAUGAGUGGUAUCCUAGAGACUCGCUUUCUGCUCCCAUUUCAACUGCAAUAUACUCAUGUGAUGGUCUUGUGGUCUUCACUGGAUUUUUGGAUGGUGCUAUAGGAGUUUUUGAUGCAGACAAUUUCAGGCUUCGAUGUUGGAUAGCACCAUCUGCGUAUAUAUCUUCUUCACCCAUUGCCAGCAACAAGGGCAGUGGAUUUCCUGUGGUGAUUGCAGCACAUCCAUUUGAACCUAACCAAAUCGCUCUUGGAAUGAGCAAUGGUGCAGUCCAUGUGAUCGAGCCAUCUGAUGCAGAGCCAGAGUGCGUUGGCAGUAGAAUGGUGCCUGAAGAAAAUGGUGCUUUACCUUCCGUCCUCUCAAAUUCUGCUUUGAGUGGUCAGUCAUCUGAAACCCCUUCUGGGUGAAAUUAUAAAACAGGAUUCUUGAUGAAGCUGUGGCACUCACAUGCGUACUUUUUUUUUCGUUAGCUGUUUGUAAAUUGACAUAUCAAUGGCUUUUUUUUGCUUUUGACAAAAUUCUGAGGCAAUUCUACUCAUCGUUGGUCAAUAGCAUUUGGGUGAUAAGCUUUUUUUUUGCCUUUCAAGUUAUGUAAUGCAUUAGUUAUUUUACUCCUGCUUUAAAUUCACAGCAGUAUUUAGCUUGCA